CUGUCAUUUUUCUAUGAUCCAUUUUUAGACUGAAAUGUUUUUAUAAAUUAUUUUCAGUUAAUUUUCAUAUUAGAUUUUAGUUUUUAUUUAACUUUUUUUUUAUACAGUGGACCUAGUAUAAGGAUUACUACAAAAUCAUGCCAGAUGCUAUAUGUCCGUAGGUGCUGCGUGCCGUGCCCGGCGGCGGCGCCGUGUGCGCCCUCUGCCGGCAUCAAGUCCGGCCUGCGGGAUGGCAACAGGCAGACCAUCGAUGGUCAGCAGGAACACCCCUGCCCCUGCCGCACGUGCUGCUGUGGAAAGCCUCCGCUUGUUAAGCCGUGCUACAAACAACCCCGCAUCCCGGAGUCGUACGCUCCCCGGCGCUGUUACAUGAAGCCGACGGCGCCGGUGGAGUCGUGCACCACAUACAAGCUGUCCUACCUGCCGGUGGACGGGUGCAGGAACCUGCGUGGAGAGGCGCGCAGGCCUCCGCCCAACCUCGUGCCCAGCUGCGAACCGAUGGAGGGAUGUACUGUGCAGAAGCUCUCGUACCUGCCGAACCCAACGUGUGUGACGCAACCAAUCCGACCAUGCAACCACGACAUGUGGGGUCAGGGUCCGAUGCAAAACAUCACGACGCAGCGACACGACUACGUGCCCAAGCCCUGCGUCUUGAGAGAGAGCUGCAAGCCACCUGCGAAGUUUCACUGCGUUGAACAGCCUUUCGAAAACCGUACAAUAAACAAGCUUUCGUACCUUCCUCCGGAGAAGAUUGAGCUGACGAAGUCAUUCGCGCCGGACCGAUGUUACGAGCGCCCCGCCGCCAAGAUGGAGGGCACCACCACGCACAAGAUGAGCUACAUGCCGAACCAGAUCCUGCCAAAAGAGCCGUUGCCGUGGGCAUGUAAGGGGCAAUACCAGAAGCCUUGUCAGAAACUAGACGCUCAUACUACUUACAAUAUGAGUUAUCUAGACGCGCAAAGCGACUGCAGACGACGCGCCAUCAUCCCGGACAGCUGCACCAACCCCGUGACCGCGUCCAAACGGUUUGAAACGCAAACGAUCUACAAGAACAGCUAUCUGCCAACGAAGGCCCCGAUCCCACAGCCUAUCAAGCCGCUGUCCAAUUUAGUGCCGUCGACCGCGCAGAUGGAAGGGGAUACUGUGCAGAAGCUGUCGUACUUACCGAAUCCGAUCUGUACGACGCAACCGAUCCGACCGUGCCACCACGACAUGUGGGGUCAGGGUCCGAUGCAGAACAUCACGACGCAGCGACACGACUACGUGCCCAAGCCCUGCGCCACGAGAGAGUCCUGCAAGCCCCCCAAUAAGUACCACUGCGUCGAACAACCGUUUGAGAAUCGCACCAUCAACCGCAUGUCGUUCCUGGAUCCGGGCCGCUGUGCGAUACCGGAGUCGUACGCGCCUCUCAAGUGCUACGAAAAACCAGCAGCGAAAAUGGAGUCGACGACGACUCAGAAAAUGUCGUACCAGCCCGUGUGCGUGCCGCAGCCACAGCGCCCGCCGUGGGCCUGCAAGGGACAGUACCAGAAGCCUUGCCAGAAGUUGGAAGCGACUACGAUAUACAAGUCGUCGUUCCUCCCGCCUGGCGAAGACUGUACAGAGUACAUGGACCCCUGCAAGUACGGCGACUGCAAACCUUGCGAUUGCAUUUGCCCUGCGGAGUGCAUAACAACAGACCCCUGUGCCUGCAAUUUCCCUAAAGCGGCUUGCUGUUCCUAACUGCCAACUGUCAACGGCGUUCCAAAUUCAAAGGUAAACAAGAUGGCGGAUCUUUAACGGCUUGGCUUGGUAAAUCAGGCAGUGAGAUGUAGUACUGCACAUACGAAUAAAUCAUGAGUUUAUUUAAUUUUUAAUAAUAAUUUACAAUAGCAGUACAUAGCAUUAUGGAUAAUUUUGAAUUGAUAUAAUUAGAGGUUAAAUUUUAAUCUAUGGUUAAAUUAUGUUUUGAUUAAAUUAUAUUUUGUAUUAUAUUAAAU